GUUGAGCUUUGCGGCAAGCUGAAACGCCAGUGAAGGAAAGCCUCCCUUAGCUUCCUAGUACCUUAGUGUGUCGUAAAUAGAACUGUGAAAAGAAACGAAAUGGCGGCGGAAGGUGAAACUCCAGGUGGUUUAGCAGCGGAGCCCCAAACGGGACCAGAUGGUGAAAUCAUUGGGGGGCCUCGCACACCACAGCAGAUUGCAGCUCAGCGAAGGCUGCAACAGACGCAGGCACAAGUUGAUGAAGUUGUGGACAUUAUGAAAACGAAUGUCGAAAAGGUGCUAGACAGAGACGCAAAAUUAUCGGAGUUAGAUGAUAGAGCGGAUGCCCUACAACAAGGCGCUUCACAGUUCGAGCAGCAAGCAAAAAGUUUGAAAAAUAAAUUUUGGUUACAAAAUCUAAAGAUGAUGAUUAUAAUGGGCGUGAUUGGUAUCGUUAUCAUAGGCCUCCUAUUCGGUGUUAAAGCGUGGCUAGCUGGAGGGUCGCGCGCUAAUGAUGCCAACUGUGGAGGCGCUCGGGGACGCCACUCAGAGCGUGCCACUGUCACACUUGCCUCUUCAUCAUGUUCACAAGUCAAUGGUCCAAUUAAGGAUCAAAUCAUACUUGUAUACGAUGAUGAUAAUGACAAGUAA